AAAAUUGACCAGUUUCAAGUUUUUUUAAAGAGAACCCAUCUGCUUGUUUUGAGAGGUUCUUCUCAUAUUUAUGAGGAGAGAUUUAUCCAGAUGUGCCCUGUCCUGCUCCAGAAAUGCAGAUACAUUUGUAUGUUGUUGCAUGUUGUCGUGUAAAAUGACAUUAAUGAAUUUCAUCACAACUUGUCCUACUGAACCUGGCCAAUGUCAAUGAUGGCAAGACUCCCAAGUGCUGCACCGCAUACCCUGUGGAUCCUUUUCUUUUCAUAUACAACAAAUGAAGUUAUAGCUGCAGGACAUGUACAGGAAUUUGCAUGCUUCAGUGACUAUGACAAAGAGCUGGUUUGUCACUGGAAGGUGCCUGCACAAACGAAUUGCUCCAAAGAAUUCCUGCUCUACUACUGGAAGGAACUUUUUGUUCUGCCAAAUCAUGUGUGUGUCCCUGAGAAUGGAAAAGACAGUUUAAGCUGCGCUUGCACAAUACAUCCGGAUUAUUUUGUAUCAGGCCUCACGUAUAUACUAGCUCUACAGUUCAAUGGGACUGAUAUGUGGAAUUACAGUGUUACACCAGCCCUGGUUGUUAAACCAAGGGCCCCCAAAAAUCUUGCUAUUGAGAAAGUUGAAAAUGGUAAUUUCAAUCUGAGCUGGGAGGAGAGCUACUCUCCUCCAUCCAUGCUCUCUGGACAGCCGGUCAUCUAUGAAGUGAAAUACUGGAGGAAGCAGCACCCGACAGAGAUUUCUGUAAAAGCAAUUAACUACCAAGCAAAAAGCUUUGAAAUUACUGCAAGCUCCUUGAGGAGAGGCUAUGAUUACGUUGCAAGUGUAAGGUGUAACUAUACAGACUACCCGGCGUACUGGAGUGAAUGGAGUGAAGAAGUUGAAUUUCACUACGAUUACCAAGUAACAGCUGAAGACGUUCUGCAGAUGGCUGUUCCUGUAUCCUGCAUACUGAUCAUGGCAGUAUCUGUAAUUUGUUACUUCUGUUUUACCAAAGUGAAGAAAGAAUGGUGGGAUCAAAUCCCAAAUCCAGCAAAGAGCCAUUUGGUCGUAAAAAAUGUCAAGUUUUCAGUUUUGUGCUACAUUGAUGAAAUUAAGUUCCCUUUCCAUGACUUAAAGCAGAGUCAUAUGGAAAACCAAAUAAGUUGCAAGAACUGUCUGGCUCAAAGUUUGCCAAGCCAAAACUUCAAGGGAAAAGAUAACAUCAGAAAUGUUGAGAAAUGUUGCAGUUGCCACAGCAAGUCUGAAGAGUGGUUUCCAAAAGGCAGCAGUGCAGUUUUAACCCCGGAGACAAUUGUGGUUGAAGAGUCUAUAGAAAUCUGUGAAUGUUUAACAGACAUUGAGGCUGAGAGCCAGGAGGAGACUAGUGACCAGAUCACCAUGUUUGAGCCUUGUGAGAGCAGUGUCAUUGCUUUCAGAGAGCACACUGAACACAAUGAUGCACUAGCUAGCAUGUUUAUUGAGCUCCUGGCAGAUGAAAACAACGUGCAAGACAAUAAAGACCCAGACAUCAGCACAGGUGAGAAUAAAACAUUUGAGAAACUUGAGUCAGCAAAUCCGUCACAGCGAAAUCCAAAAGAAAGCGCAGCCCAGAGUCAGCAGCCAUGUGAUAUUUCUCAUAGUGACUCCCUUUUCACCAAAGCCUCUCAAGAUGACUACAAUUGUAGUACAGCCAGCAAGAAGUCAGAACAAUCAGAAGAAUCCUUUGAAUCUGGCUAUCAGAGCUCCAGUAUAAAUUCUGCUUCUCUGGAUGCAAGAGAUCUUCAACAUGUGGUUCAUCAAAGCCUUUUUCCAUGCAGUUCUGAAAGUCAGCAUGACUCAUGUGUCCUGAUCCAAGAAUCUCCAAAUAAACCAUCCUUUGGGACCAAAAAAGACAGAAUAAGCAACCCUGCACACAAGAGUUUUGAUACGCUUGUGUCUCCAUCCAUGGGGCUGUGUAGCUCUGCAUAUAAGAGCUUUGACACCCUUAUGUCUCCAUCCGUGGAGCCCUGUGGUUCUGCCUACAAGAGCUGUGACACCCUUAUGUCUCCAUCCGUGGAGCCCUGUGGUUCUGUCUACAAGAGCUGUGACACCCUUAUGUCUCCAUCCGUGGAGCCCUGUGGUUCUGUCUACAAGAGCUGUGACACCCUUAUGUCUCCAUCCGUGGAGCCCUGUGGUUCUGCAUACAAGAGCUUUGAUAUUCUUGUGUCUGCAUUCAAGGAACCAAGUAGCUCUGCAUAUAAGAGCUUUGAUACCUUUAUGUCUCCAUCUAUGGCUAACAGUAGCCUGACUCUGUGUUUUGAAAAUGUGUGCUCCUCACCACCUUUGACACAGUUUUCAGAGACGCCAGAACUUAGCUGCAGAGAUCAAAUUUAUCGACCCCCUAGCAAUCAGACAUGUUAUACCAACUACAGAUCUCCCUGCACUGAGCUUGAUUUUCAAAACAUCUGUUCAGAACAUACUGAUUUUCCAUCUUUCUCUGCACAUGCAAAUGACAGUGCUUCAGCUUUCCUACCAGAGGAAGAAAUGCAUAAGCAAGUAACAUACCAAAAUGUUCAAAAGAACGCCAAUAUAAUUUCUUGCCCCACUGGACCUCAACCAUCUGGUUAUCAACCUUUUGAUAAUGCAGUUAAAUGUAAUGGUAUAUACUGUGACAAUGACAGCGAGGUUAUCUCUAGGACACUAUAUGAACCCUUCAUUCAUCUUUUGUACAACAACCUGAGAGAAACACCUCCAGAUACUAUAAUCUGUGAACCUGACCAGAGGGCAGAUGGCCAUGUAUGUUUGAUUCUACAGGGUUUUGACUGCAGCAUUGUCCCAGGUUUAGCCUCUAGUGAGAAUGUCACGCAGACCAGUGAUGGCAGCCUUUGGAUCAUCAACUCUAAUGAGCUGUCUAGUGAUAGCAAAGAUGAAAAUACCAGCAGAGACGAACAGCUGUUGCAUUUGUUAGAGCUGAACUGUCAAGAUUUUAACAACAGAGAAAGAACUAUAAAGGGGACAAAACCUAACAGCUUUAACUAUACUGGUAAAGGAACGCAAGAGAGCAGCAGUAACAGACUAAAUACUGACUUUCAGUGCCACAUGCACAACCACUUGGGGAAACUUGGAAAUGCAGGGGAAAAUAAAGAGGUGAUAAAGCAUGCCGUAGGCAGGAGGUGUGGCUCAGCAACUAGCUUACCAGAAGAAUCGCUGGACAGCAUUGGGCUAAACUUAGAAAGAAAAACUGCAGAGCUCCUGGUCUCAGACAAGUUGUCACGUCCUCUUUUUGUGGAUAGUUCCUGUCCUCCUGAUUCUCACACCAUUCACAGUGAGGGUUCCAGACUGGCACCUGCAUUUAAAAAAAGACCAGUAGAACUAUUGAGGGAAAACAACAGGAAGAAUGAGAAAAAAAUGAAACUUGUACAAGCCUUUGCACAGGAGGACAACUGCUACAUGAAGGUAGCCUAGCCACGCUUGCCAAGACUAAACAAACCAGUCUUUGGAAAUAAACUGUUUGGCAAGUUG